CUAGCAGCGCGGGCCGGUCGGAGCGCCAAGACAGCCCGCGGCUGGCGAUGGGAAGCGGCGCGGCCGCGGACCCAGGCUGUGGCAAAGUUUCCCAGACGCGCGUUCCGGGGCGCGCGGCUGCCGGCCACCCGUGACCGCCCCGAGAAGGGCUCGGAGAUUUUUAAUUUGGAAAAAAAUUCCACCUCAUUUCCUUUGUCAAGCUCUCUCUCCGGGUGGCCAGCGGCGGGAGCUCCAAACUUGGGCACGGCGGCUCCACUGCCAGCAGAUCGGUCUUUGGAGAACCUCGGGACUCAGGUGCUCGGGCGCCCAGCGGCCCGGGGCGUGCUAGGGGGUGUGAGCGCGGGGGAGUCCCGGGCGCGCGUCGAGGAGGGGCCCCUGGGAGCUCUAUAUGGAGGAGGGAGCCCAGAAUGGUGUGCACCAGGAAGACCAAAACUUUGGUGUCCACUUGUGUGAUCCUGAGCGGCAUGACCAACAUCAUAUGUCUGCUCUACGUGGGCUGGGUCACCAACUACAUCGCCAGCGUGUAUGUGCGGGGGCAGGAGCCGGCACCCGACAAGAAGCUGGAGGAAGAUAAAGGGGACACCCUGAAGAUUAUUGAACGGCUGGACCACCUGGAGAAUGUCAUCAAGCAGCAUAUCCAAGAGGCCCCCGCCAAGCCCGAGGAGGGAGAGGCCGAGCCCUUCACAGACUCCUCCCUGUUUGCACACUGGGGCCGGGAGCUGAGCCCUGAAGGCCGGCGCGUGGCCCUGAAGCAGUUCCAGUACUACGGCUACAACGCCUACCUCAGUGACCGCCUGCCCCUCGACCGGCCCCUGCCUGACCUCAGACCCAGCGGGUGCCGCAACCUCUCCUUCCCCGACAGCCUGCCGGAGGUGAGCAUCGUAUUCAUCUUCGUCAACGAAGCGCUCUCGGUGCUGCUUCGCUCCAUCCACUCAGCCAUCGAGCGCACGCCUCCACACCUGCUCAAGGAGAUCAUCCUGGUGGAUGACAACAGCAGUAACGAGGAGCUGAAGGAGAAGCUGACGGAGUAUGUGGACAAGGUGAACGGCCAGAAGCCCGGCUUCAUCAAAGUCGUGCGCCACAGCAAGCAGGAAGGCCUCAUCCGCUCCAGGGUCAGCGGCUGGAGGGCGGCCACCGCACCCGUCGUGGCGCUCUUUGAUGCCCAUGUGGAGUUCAAUGUGGGCUGGGCGGAACCCGUGCUCACCCGCAUAAAGGAGAACCGGAAGCGCAUCAUCUCGCCAUCCUUCGACAACAUCAAGUAUGACAACUUUGAGAUAGAAGAGUACCCGCUGGCCGCCCAGGGCUUUGACUGGGAGCUGUGGUGCCGCUACCUAAACCCACCAAAGGCCUGGUGGAAGCUGGAGAACUCCACGGCCCCCAUCAGGAGCCCUGCCCUCAUUGGCUGCUUCAUUGUGGACCGGCAGUACUUCCAGGAGAUCGGCUUACUGGACGAGGGCAUGGAGGUCUACGGAGGCGAGAACGUCGAGCUCGGGAUCAGGGUGUGGCAGUGUGGCGGGAGUGUGGAGGUCCUGCCCUGUUCCCGGAUUGCCCACAUUGAGCGAGCCCACAAGCCCUACACCGAGGACCUCACCGCCCAUGUCCGCAGGAAUGCCCUCAGGGUGGCUGAAGUCUGGAUGGACGAAUUUAAAAGCCAUGUCUACAUGGCAUGGAACAUACCCCAAGAGGACUCAGGAAUUGACAUCGGGGACGUCACUGCAAGGAAGGCUCUGAGGAAACAGCUGCAGUGCAAGACCUUCCGCUGGUACCUGGUCAGCGUGUACCCAGAGAUGAGGAUGUACUCGGACAUCAUUGCCUACGGGGUGGUAAUCAACAGUGAGACAGAGUCUAAAACAUCAGCUUCUGACAUCGCUCUGAUUCCUCCCUUCGGAGAGCAUCCCCUCAGACCUGUCAAUAUCCCAGGAUGAAAACUUGAAGGAAGAACUGAGGCCUCUUCCCUUGAUGACCUGGGGUCAGAACUGAGUUCAAGACCUGCUUCAGCAGGAAGAUAAUGGGCACAGCAUCUCCCUUGGAGGGAAGAGUCCUUCCUGAAGGGUUGGCCUCAGUGUUGUCUGUGGGCCUCCCAACUCUAACAUCCUAGGAUUCUAAAGGAGAGAGAGCCGAGAUCCUGGGAACUCUCCCUUCUCCCCUUCCACAGGGCCUCUGUAGUCCUGGAGGCCAGCCUGUAGGAGGGGGGGUCAUAUCCUCCCACAAGAGUCUCCAUGGCAUGGUUGACAUGUUCUGAGAGAACCAGCUGGUGGCCUCUUGCUUCUCUACUUCUCAGUCUGGUAUAAAUCGGGUAUCAGAAAACUCCUCAGCUGGUGCUGCCCUGCUAUUACGUGAGCCGCCAGAUCCUGUUGUCACCAUGGAAACACAUUGGCCCGUGAGGUGCCCAUUAGCCCCAUCUACCUCCCCAGAACCAUCCUGAAGACACAGCAGCUACUGGUGCCCCCACACUGCUCAAGUUGUGUGUGCUGCUUGGCCAUCGUUGGGCCCAGUCCAAAAGGGAUAGCUGUGCUUCCGUGGCUCCAGAGGAACUAUUGGCCCCAAACCUCUGUGAGCCAGGGCAAGCUUCUGGAUUCAUGUUCUCACCUAGCUGUCAGCUGUGGCUGAACAGUAUUAGCCAAACUCAGC